AUGGCGUCGUUUACAGAAUUACCCACCGAGAUCAUCUUCGAAGUCAUAGAUCAGCUCUUCGACAUCUUAGACGUUGUUGCGCUAUCUUCAACAAAUCGCCGCCUUCACUCUAUUGUAACAGAGAACAAUGAAAUAGUUAGAAGGUUCGAUAAGGCCUCUCUCGAUGAGAAUCUACUCUUAGCUACAUUCUUAGGUCAAAUAAAUGUGGUCAAACUCCUCCUAGGCCAUGGCGUCAACCCGAACCAGUAUCAUACCGGUCGUAUAGAUAGGUCUGUCAGAUUCCAAUACUAUACGUCUGAUAGUGGCUUGGAGAUUCCAGAUCGAUAUACUGCUCUGGCCCACGAAGCUCUCAUCUCGGAGCGCCUCAUCGACUAG